UUAAAAAUACACCUACAAAUACACACAGGAGAGAAUCUGAAUUCCUAUACUGACUGUGGGAAGAAUUUCACAAUAUCAACGGCUCUGACAGUUCAUCAGAGAGUGCACAUAGGAGAGAAGCCUUACUCCUGCUCUGACUAUGGGAAGAGUUUCUCUCGACUGGACACCUUAAAACAACAUGAACGUAUACAUACAGGAGAGAAGCCUUACUCCUGCUCUGACUGUGUAAAAUGCUUCACAACAUCAACUAACCUAAGACUUCAUCAGAGAACACACACAGGAGAGAAGCCUUACUCCUGCUCUGACUGUGGGAAGGGUUUCUCUCGACUGGACACCUUAAAACAACAUGAAAGUAUACAUACAGGAGAGAAGCCAUACUCCUGCUCUGACUGUGGGAAAAGUUUCUCUCGACUGGGCAACUUAAAACAACAUGAACAUAAUAUACACACAGGAGAGAAGCCUUACUCCUGCUCUGACUGUGUAAAAUGCUUCACGACAUCAACUGAGCUAAGACUUCAUCAGAGAACACACACAGGAGAGAAGCCAUACUCCUGCUCUGACUGUGGAAGGAGUUUUUCCCGAUUGAAUACCUUAAACUGUCACCGGCUAAUACAUACAGGACAGAAGCCUUACUUCUGCUCUGACUGUGGGAAGAGUUUCUCUCGACUGGGCCCCUUAAAAAUACAUGAACGUAUACAUACAGGAGAGAAGCCAUACUCCUGCUCUGACUGUGGGAAGAGUUUCUCUCGACUGGGCCCCUUAAAAAUACAUGAACGUAUACAUACAGGAGAAAAGCCAUACUCCUGCUCUGACUGUGGGAAGGGUUUCUCUCAGCAGGAAAGCUUGAAAUCACACCAACUGAUACACACAGGAGAGAAGCCUUACUCCUGCUCUGACUGUGUAAAAUGCUUCACAACAUCAACUAAGCUAAGACUUCAUCAGAGAACACACACAGGAGAGAAGCCUUACUCCUGCUCUGACUGUGGGUCAAGUUUCUCUCAAUCUGGCAAAUUAAAAAUACAUGAACGUAUACACACAGGAGAGAAGCCAUACUCCUGCUCUGACUGUGGAAGGAGUUUUUCCCGAUUGAAUACCUUAAACUGUCACCGGCUAAUACAUACAGGACAGAAGCCUUACUUCUGCUCUGACUGUGGGAAGGGUUUCUCUCGACUGGACACCUUAAAACAACAUGAACGUAUACAUACAGGAGAGAAGCCAUACUCCUGCUCUGACUGUGGGAAGAGUUUCUCUCGACUGGGCCCCUUAAAAAUACAUGAACGUAUACAUACAGGAGAGAAGCCAUACUCCUGCUCUGACUGUGGGAAGAGUUUCUCUCGACUGGGCCCCUUAAAAAUACAUGAACGUAUACAUACAGGAGAGAAGCCAUACUCCUGCUCUGACUGUGGGAAGAGUUUCUCUCGACUGGGCCCCUUAAAAAUACAUGAACGUAUACAUACAGGAGAGAAGCCAUACUCCUGCUCUGACUGUGGGAAGAGUUUCUCUCAGCAGGAAAGCUUGAAAUCACACCAACGGAUACACGCAGGAGAGAAGCCUUACUCCUGCUCUGACUGUGUAAAAUGCUUCACAACAUCAACUAAGCUAAGACUUCAUCAGAGAACACACACAGGAGAGAAGCCUUACUCCUGCUUUGACUGUGGGUCAAGUUUCUCUCAAUCUGGCAAAUUAAAAAUACAUGAACGUAUACACACAGGAGAGAAGCCUUACUCCUGCUCUGACUGUGGGAAGAGUUUCUCUCAACUGGACAACUUAAAACGACAUGAACAUACACACACAGGAGAGAAGCCUUACUCCUGUUCUGACUGUGGGAAGCGUUUCUCUCGACUGGGCCCCUUAAAAAUACAUGAACGUCUACACACAGGAGAGAAGCCAUACUCCUGCUCUGACUGUGGGAAGGGUUUCUCUCAGCAGGAAAGCUUGAAAUCACACCAAAGGAUACACACAGGAGAGAAGCCUUACUCCUGCUCUGACUGUGGGUCAAGUUUCUCUCAAUCUGGCAAAUUAAAAAUACAUGAACGUAUACACACAGGAGAGAAGCCUUACUCCUGCUCUGACUGUGGGAAGAGUUUCUCUCAACUGGACAACUUAAAACGACAUGAACAUACACACACAGGAGAGAAGCCUUACUCCUGUUCUGACUGUGGGAAGCGUUUCUCUCGACUGGGCCCCUUAAAAAUACAUGAACGUCUACACACAGGAGAGAAGCCAUACUCCUGCUCUGACUGUGGGAAGGGUUUCUCUCAGCAGGAAAGCUUGAAUAAGCUAAGACUUCAUCAGAGAACACACACAGGAGAGAAGCCUUACUCCUGUUCUGACUGUGGGAAAAGUUUCUCUCGACUGGGCCCCUUAAAAAUACAUGAACGUAUACACACAGGAGAGAAGCCUUACUCCUGCUCUUACUGUGUAAAAUGCUUCACAACAUCAACUGAGCUAAGACUUCAUCAGAGAACACACACAGGAGAGAAACCAUACUCCUGCUCUGACUGUGAGAUGAGA